AUGAAGUAUCUCGCUGCUCAUUCCCAGACAAAGUCUCUACUACAAGUUUGGGGAAAAGGGCAACGGGUUGUGACAGCGAGCCAUUUUUUCUGGAAUGCUGGGACAUCGAUGCAGAAGUCUAUUUCUGGGCUGUUUCAAACAAUACUGAUCUCUCGGACUCUGCCAUCAGUGAGCCCCUGGGAUCAUCAGGAACUUGGCCUGGCUUUUGAGAGUCCCUCCAGCGAACAAUGUCUCGGACUGAGAUUUUGCUUUUUUAUUGACGGCCUGGAUGAAUACACUGCGGGCAGGCAGCGCUAUACUGGUACAUUUGAGGAGCUGCUGGAACCAUUGAGGAUCCUGGCUAGGUCUGAUUCAAUCAAGAUAUGCGUUUCCAGCCGUCUCUGGAAUGCAUUUGAUGAAGAGGAAGAUAUUAGGAACUACGUGAAGGAGGAGCUGGGUGCUAAUCCCAAUUUUCAAAGGCUAUCCAGAACGGAUUCUAGAUGCUCCAUGAUAUCCAACAACAUCGUUGAACGGGCUCAAGGAGUUUUCCUUUGGGUCAUACUUGUAGUCGAUUAUUUGAGAGGAGGGCUUCGAAACAACGAUGAUUACUCCGACCUCCAAAGGCUGAAUGAUCUUCCAGAUGAUCUCGAAGAGUACUUUAAAUACAUGCUCCAGACCAUCGAAGGUGUGUACUGGGAAAGCACCACGCGAAUCUUUAGAACGGUCAUCGCCGCAGAACAGUCGUUACCAAUUCUCGGCUUCAGCUUCCUCGACCAGGAGAUGGGCGAUCCCGGCUACGCAGUUGCAAUGCAAUGA